UUGGGAUUAAAAUCAAGUUGUGGGUUAGUUUUGGCAAAAACCCCAUAGUAUUUUAUAUACUUUUAUAUAAAAAAAUAUACUUUUUAUUUACUUAUUUAUUGGAUUUGUUUUGGAAAAUCCUUAAACCCAAGUUUAUUUUUUUCCUGCAUGGUUUGUUAUUAGUCAAAAUUUUAGCUACUUAAAAAACCUAUUAUGUGUGACUUCUAACUUGUUUUAUCUUUUUCGCGGUUGUAGGAAUUAAUGUUCUAUGUGGAGUAGCUUUACUUACAAUGCCUUAUGCAGUGAAAGAAGGAGGCUGGUAGGGCUUUUCAUACUCUUUUCCUUUGGCGUCAUAAGAGCAACCCCAUCAAGGGUUUAUAACAGGUUCAUGGGCUCAGUAUCAUAGGGCCGAAUAAUAAAAAUAAAUCAUAUAUUGGGUUUACUCUCGCGACCCGCCUCUUACGCUUGACCCCAUCUGAUACGGGUUCACGACAGGUGUCGCAUUUUCACUGGGGAAGGGGAGUCGACGUCACGCGGAGGAAAGCGGAGAGAGAAUCAUUUCUCUCAUUUUCGCGUGAAAAGCUAGGGUUUCCUCCUCAGGCGAUUUCCCGUGGGACGCCGAUCUCUCUUCACUUUUCUCUCCUUUUCUCGAUCGAUUCGACGCCGGAUUAUCUCCUCCAGGAGCAGAGAUGGAUCCCUUAGAAGAGAUAAGUGAUAGUAAGAGGCAACUAGAGUACUUAAACCACCUGGGAAACGUGGCCGAUUCGGAAUAUGGAAUGCCCAGAAGAUGUGCUUGUGGUGGGAGAAUGAUUGACGAGCUUCGAGUCAAGGAUGAGUUCGACACUCAGCCUGGGAAGCGCUUCUUCAGCUGCGUAAACUACGAGGCUGAUGGUUUGCAUUAUCGUCAGCUUUGGGUUAUAGGUGUGCAGGAGGAGAUGGUACGCCUGCGUAAGCGUGUUGAGGAGGCUGAUGAGGUGAUCAAGUGGGUGCCCAUUCUCAAUAAACAGAUUGAGAGUGUUGAGGCACAAGUUAAAAGGCUGACUUUGCUGCUUGAUAAGCUGACUGGUGACGUGUAUAACCUCUCAGUGCAGGUGGCUGCUCUGGAGAAUGUGUGUUUCGACUGAAAUCGAACAGGUAAACAUUCAAACUAAACUGAAGUAGAAGUUCUUUCCGCGUAGGUUGUUUGUUGUAGUUGAACUGAUACUUAACUUAACUAGGAACUCAACUAGUUUCAUUAAAUAUCUAGAGUAGGAGCUGUACUAGAUUUUAGGUUUCAUUAAAUAGUUGUUGGUUGGUUGCUGUGAUGAAUGGUCAUAAAAUGCUUUCUGUCCGAAACUUGUUUGAGUUUAAAAAAUUGAUUUGAUGCGUAAUGAAUGCAUUCUGUGAUAAACUUGUUGUCUAAUUAAGGGUAAUGAAUGUUUGGUAGUUAGAAACACCUUUUAUAGAUACUCAAAAUCACUCUAAAUCACCACGCACUUGUCAAAAAACCAAAAAAAAUUUAAAACACAACCCGAAACCAAAAUGGAUUCCUUUUCUCUUAAUUCUCCCGGGUUUGUGAACCUAUUAUCUUCCCAGUGCAGUCAAACCACUCAAACCAUAGAUGUAGGAUCCUCUGAUGUUCCUAAACCGGUGGAGAGGAGAAAGUGGACAACACAAGAAGACAUAGUCCUCAUCAGUGCCUGGUUGAACACCAGUAAGGAUCCCAUAGUUAGUAACCAGCAGAAGUUAGGGUCUUUUUGGAAAAGAAUAGAGGAUUACUUUAAUUCAAGCGCUCAGCUCACUGGCUUUGCUCCCAGAGAGUGGAGUCAGUGUAAGCAGAGGUGGGGAAUGGUUAAUGAGCAGGUGUGUAAGUUUGUUGGAAGCUAUGAGGCGGCUUUGAAAGAGCAAGCUAGUGGCCAAAAUGAGAACGAUGUCAUGAAGUCUGCUCAUGACAUCUUCUUUAACGACUACCAGGCGAAGUUCACACUUGAACACGCGUGGAGGGAGCUGAGGUUUGAUCAAAAGUGGAGAUCGACCUCUUGCGCAAAAGAUGGUGCAAAGGAGAAACGGAAGGAAGCUGCGGAGUCAGUCCCUGACUCGGAUGAGGCUAGGCCUCCUGGUGUGAAGGCUUGCAAAGUAGCCAAACGCAAGAAAAAGGGGAAUGAAGCAGCAUUUGAUCGACUAGAGAGCAUUCUAGACUUGAAACGGAACCUAUCGAAACAAAAAAUACUAGAUCGUCUACUCUCUAAGAAACUAGAAACUCUAACUGAGAGUGAGGUGGCUCUGAAGGACAAACUAGUUUCUGAGAUGCUCUAGGUGACAAUUUGAUAAUUUGUCUAGUUUUCUAUGUUGUUUACUUGAUAAUUUGCUUAGUUCAUUACUUGAUAACUGCUUUUACUUAGUUGCGGAAACUCUUAGUUCAUUACUUGUUGACUAAAACUUCUCUUCUUCUGUGUCGUUUUGCAGGUGAAGGUUGUUGGUUCUGGAGGUCACGGGUUCUACAAGGUUUAUUGCUUCUGCAGGUCACGGGUUCUAGAGGUCACGGGUUCUACUGGCGCAGCACGUUUUUUUCUGAGGUUGAUGGGUUAUUGUAGUAGUAGUAGUUGUACUGUAGUGUAGUUGAUGGGUUGUGCUUCACAGGAAGCAUAUUGUAAUGUAGUGUAGUUGAUGGGUUGUGUUUCUAGAGGUCACGGGUUGUACUGGUGACAACACAUUUUCAAGUACUUGUUGUUGUUUAUGCAAGUGUCACGGAUGUUGUAUAACAUCACUACAUAAUCUAUGUCUCAUUUAUGCA